AUAUUCAUCUGUUUUUUUGGUAAUUAGAGUCUUCGGCUCAACUUACGUGCAUCUCAAUUGUCGUUGAGACUAAUCUCACCGUUCAUUAGCGGAGAAUAACAUAAUCUUAUCUUAUUUGAAAACUACGGCUUGAAAAUAUGGCGACAGCUUCACGCGCUUUAGAAGUCACGGUCAUCUCCGGCGAAGGCCUCCGAGUGGACCGAAGGCGGCCGGUGAAGAAGAACGCCUUCGUCAUCGUCCGAACGAACUCCCAGAACUCCCGAUCGACGGCGGCGUCGGACGGCUCCGGCGGCAGCUCCCCGGCUUGGAACGAGAAGCUCGUCCUGGAAAUGCCGGCCCACGCGUGGUUCCUGACUGUGGAGGUGAGAUGCAGGGCGAAUUCCGGGGACAAAGUCGUCGGGACGGCGAGAAUUCCGGCGUCGGACUUCGUCGGCGGUAACGUACCGGCGAACUACUUGCAUUUCUUGAGUUAUAGGUUGAGGGACGGCACUGGGGAGCCGAACGGGAUAAUUAAUCUGUCGGUGAGAGUGAAGGGGGCGGAGAAUGGAGUCGGUGCUGCUGCCACGUGUGCGGUGGCGGCUUCGAUUUCGCGGCCGUGGGUGGGAGGUGCGGUGGUGGUUGGGAAGGUUACCGGUGGGGUUGUAACCGGAGUUCCGGUGUGGAUGGCAUAAGGUAGGAAAUUUGGUAGAUUUUUUUUUAAUUUUUUAUGUAGGAAUUGAAAAUUGGCUUGAAGAUGGGUAAUCAUUCUUGUUGUAAUUAAUUAAGAUUGUGAAACUUAUUGGCACUCUUGUAAUUAUCAAGAGCAUGGAAUUGGUAAUAAGUUAUAACUAUAUGACAAUGUUAUCAUUUAUGUUAAUUGUGUCGUGUUUGGAAA